ACCUGUGUUUGCGUCGGAAAGUGCCGUCAUCUUCUAAUUGCUUCUACAUAUACACCCAGACUGCAACUACCGCUGGUGCUGGUUGCUGUGUACCUUGGCUACCAGUUUUUGUUACGAAAGGAGGUCGAAGCCUUUUCUCGUUUGCUGUGGAUUUUUUCUUGAAAAAGUUCGAGUGCUUCUGUAGUGAAAACUAGACAGAUUUCACGGCACUCAAAUCCCUGACGCGAGGAUAAAAUCGUGGCAAAUUCGACAACUUCCCUCACCACUGUCAUUCCACAUUCAGUGGCGGAAUUUUCCAAUAGCACAGGAAUUCGCCAGAACCUGAAAUUGGCUGCUCAAUCAUAUUGGAAAAAAGAACCUGUAGUAGGAGGCGACGUAAAUAAAUUCAUUAGAUACAGUGCUGCCUGUAAUGUUCUAAUAAUCAUAAGUAAUUGGAAGGUAGAAAUAAGUGUAAAUUAUUAAAACAAACACAUUCGUGGCAAAAGUUGGAAUUCCAAGGGGAAAUCACGAUUCGCACCCACACACAGGAGUAUAUCCGAGCAGUAACAGCAUUACCUAGUGGAAGUGCAGGUGAAAGAGUGCAUUAGUCCGUCAGCACGCGAAGUGUCAGUUUUUUUUAUUCAUCUAUUCGAGCGAAGAUAGUGUCGAAACACAAAUACGGAAUUUCCUGCCUACCCGUAGCCCGUUCCGCAAAACAAACCGCGUGUGCCAGAUAGUGCAGAAAUAAGUGGUCCCAUUGUUUGAAGAUAAAAGUUUUUAAUAAAAGCAUCUGUGAUUGAUAUUGAAUUACUCACUGCCCUGCGAACGGAUUCGAGCAAGCCGGAUUAUUGUUAAACCAAUCGACAGGGAGCGUACGGUUGCAGCAGCGCAGAUUCCAGCGGAGAUCAAUCAUGGAGUCGAUGGAGUAUGAAAUGGCACGUAAUAUGACGUUGCUGUUCUUUCUAGAACGGCUACUGGAUCGCGGCGAGCCCCGCACCCUGCACGACCUUUCCUGUCAGUUUGGAGCUCGCGGUUUCACCAAGGAAAUGCGGCAAAUCGCCGGUGGCAGCCAGUCAGGUUUGAAAAAGUUUCUUUCGAACUACCCAGCGCUGUUCCAGAUCAGCGGCGAUUUUGUACAUAUCAAUUGCUACAGUGCUUCGAACAAUCUGGACGAUCCAACAAUCUCGAACAAGCGGGAUUACAUCCAAGAGGCAAAAGACUACUUCAAACACAAACUGCUGCAGUACGGCAAAGGCACAGAGGUACCGAUUCGCAGUCUAUUGGGCCAUCGCAGUCAGGCAUCACCGCAGGUGCGGCACAUAUCCGGUCAGCACAUUCGUGAGUUCACAGAAUUUCUGCUAAAACAUCCGGACACUUUCCACGUGGUGGAUGGCGAGAAUGUCGUACUGGUCGGGUGUGAAAACGAGGAAGAUGUUCCGGCCUCAGAACGGCUGCAUCUUCCGAAUUCCUUCAUUGACACCCAGGCUACCCAGCAGUUGCUGGAUUCAUUUGCUCAAAUAAUAGAAAUUAAAGGACCGAUCAUUGUCGAUCAGCUCUUCCAUAUGGUGACUUCGAACUUCCCGCAGGAGCAGUGGUACCACAUGUUUAAGACUCCUGAUGAUUUAAAAACAUUUCUGAAGCUGUUUUCUGAUUGCUUCCAUAUACAAUCCAAUCUAGUCACGCUAUUGCAGAAGCCAAAGCUUUCCGAUUCGCACAUUCGGCAGGCGCAGGACAAGCUGAACAUUAUCAAUACGAUAUUCGGUCCCGGCAGUACCGGCACCGGAGGAAGUGGCGGAAGUAUUAUCGGUAGCACGAAUGGUAGCAGUAAUACAAGUCGAACAGCCUCACCGAAAAACAUGAUAGGAGAUUUUAAGCUUAACGAGCCGGUUUCGGUUGGAAUUGGAACCAACAAUGCGGUCAACGUACUGAAUAGCAACAAAAACGAACCCACCAGUGGGUUUGACAGUUUGUUGAUAAAUAACGAUUUUAAAAUGGAAAACCUUUGCUCCAAAAACUGUCCUUCCCUCUCCAAUUCACAAUACUUAAAAGGUCAACAACAGCAGCAGCAGCAGCACUCGAAACAAGAAACAAAUUCAAACCCCAGCAACGAGAAGGCAAAUCUACUGAACAAUAAUAUGGCUGUGAAUCCAAAAAAUCAAACGCUCAAACAGCGUAUCAAUAGUUUGGUAAUAAAAACGCUCGCCGAGAACUUAGAAAAAGAUAAGCAGUCAAUGUCUGCCAUUCAGCAGAACUAUCACAGCGUCGGUGUGGGUCCCGGCAAUGUUGGCGGUGGUGGAAAUAAUAUGCAAGCAAACAACAACCCGUCACCGCAUCCCGUUUCGCCAACGCCGGCCAGUCCAGUUCAUUCGAACAACUACUUCAUUGGGGACACAUGGAAAAUAAAAGUCCUGCAAAAUACUCGUGUCAUUUCUACGGUCAAAGAAUCCUUGUUUGUGACGCAAGCCAUCCUAAAGUCGGCCUACGAAGACCAGGCCGUAAUAUCCUUUGACUGCGAAGGCAUCAACCUGGGUGUACGCGGUCAAAUUACCAUGAUCCAGCUGGGUACUACUCGAGGAGAGGCUUUUAUCUUCGAUGUGGCAACCUGCCCGGAUAUGGUUGCUCAUGGUGGCAUCAAGGAGAUUUUGGAAGCCGAAAAAGUGAUCAAAGUUAUACACGAUUGUCGAAACGAUUCGGUUAAUCUGUACAACCAGUUUCAGAUUAUGCUACGUAACGUGUUUGACACACAGUCGGCCCAUGCCGUGCUCCAGUUUCAGGACCAGGGUAAACAAGUGUAUAAAGUCAAAAACGUAUCGCUCAAUACUCUUUGUGAGAUGUAUAAUGCCACUGUUAAUCCAAUGAAGGAUCAGCUGAAGAAUGUUUACCGCCGCGAUCAGAAGUAUUGGGCACGAAGGCCACUUACUCGUGAUAUGCUUCUGUACGCAGCCGGCGAUGUACUGAUCUUAAUCAACGAGCAGUUGUACCUCAAUAUGGCUUCAUCUAUUAAACCAGAAUACCGAGAGCUGCUAUCGGAGUUGUGUACUGAGCAGAUUUUAAUGCUAAUCCGCCCAGUGGACGUAAAAAUGCGCAAGAAGCAGCGUAAAGUUCGUUCUGAAAUUCAGGACUUGAAGGCAAAACUGAAAGGUGCCAGCAAAAAUGUGGUGCUGAGCAACCGAGAGAUACGGUUACUGAGGUACAUGGACUUAACUGAAGAAGAGAAGGAAAAACUCCGAGUUUCCUGCAAAGUGGCCAAAAAGCUGGACAAACUGGAGAACUUUGACCGGGAUCGUGGCGACGCGAGCGAUUCGGAUGACGACUGUGACCCGACGGAGCAGGAUUGUCCGAGUCUGGACAGUGUACCGUCGGACAACUCCCUGCCCGGCUGUGGGGUAGGCGGCAAUGGGGGCGGAUCGGGAACAUUCUCGCCGAAGAAUUCGGAACCGCCCAGCCUGACGGAAUCGAUGCAGCUAAUGGAUGAGAUUCUGUCCAACACAACCAUGGACCGGAUGGCCAAGAUCGACAAGCUGGAAGCGAUUCUGUCCGCUGCGACGCUGCUUCCGAAUGACCAGCCGGCAAAGAAGGAGGAAAUCAAAGGUCGACCACCAAAAUCAUCACCCUCAGGCAGUGCCGGUUCCGGUGGUGGCUCGAAGGUGUCAUCCCGUCUGCAGCAGCACGGACACAAUUCACCACCAUCGGGCGGAACGGCGGCACCAAAGGCCGAAACCAAAGAGGCCGCCUGCCAAACACUUAGCACCGGCGAUAUUGUUAUCACAAAAAUUUUCUUCAAAGAAGAGUUGGAUAAGAAAUCCGAAAAGACGCUUACUUCGAGUCCGAAGCGAAACGGCGAAACAAAUGCAGCGGAAUUGGCAAUGCAGCAGCAGCAACAACAACAACAGCUGCAGGCUUGAGAGGAAAAUGCCGAUCGAAUCGGAUCGAUGAUUCCACGAUCCUGCGCGGCAAAUAGUGUUUUUGUUUAUCAUCAUCAGCACCAGCGAAAUUGUGAAUAGGUUAAAGUGCUUAUUUUGUUUUCGGCUGUUUUCUGUUCCACUGUGGGAUAUCGAAUAUCUAUUGCGUUUAGCAAACAAAAAAUUUUAAGCGUGAUCGAAUGUGAGCGAACGAGAGAGAUGCGGCAGCUAUGCCCCGCCCCCCGCGAACGAAGCAAUAAUUUAUAACAUACACACGUAUAUAUUUUUACUGAUGGGUAGAAACCAUAUUUAUGAAACUCAAUAUUUGGCGAUUAGCAGAAAGUUUAAGUGAAAAGUAUCAAUUGUACAGUUAAUAAUCAGGAUUUUGUAGAAUCGACACGCAUUGGAUGAACCAUUAUCAAUAUUAUUUUUUGAUAGUAAUAUAUUUAACGAACACAGAAGUGAAGGAAGGCGAGGAAGGAAUGGCAAUCAGAGCUAUAUCCUUACCCCAUGGAACCACUCAUUAGCGAGGAUCAAUUUUUUGUGCAAGGCAGUGGAUAGAAUAGUAAUCAAUUUUACGCCUAUUAUAUAAUAGUUAACAAGUGAGAAGUGUAAGGUGAAAUAUUAGAUGAAAUUUGCUUCUAUUAUACACAUACUAGAAACGGUACUAACUUUAAAACCAUUAUUAACAUUUGAUGAACUUUGUGAAACAUUUUCAUAAAACGAAAAAAAUCUAUAUACACGGAAAAAGUUAAUAAAAAUUGUAAAAAUUCUAACAAAAUAAAAAACAGUUUGUUCUUGAACAAC